CACAAACCAACCCCUCCCUUGGUCCAGUGAGCAGCUUCGCUCAGAUGCCUUCAUAAGUUAGCCUUCUGGUCAUGCUCAACUGCUGCUUCCUGUGGUAUAUAAACCAUCCCACGAGGAAACAAUCCAUAUUCAGCACAAGAGAGGCUAUUCCAAAAUGAAGGCUUUCCUUGUCCUCCUGUUGGGAGCAAUCCUAUGUUUGGACUCAGGUUCUUCUUUGCAGUGUUACAGCUGCAAGUUUCAGAUCAGCAACUCCAACUGUCAGAAGAAAGAGGACUGCAAGGACAAGAAAUUUUGCAAGACAGACGUGAUCAGGAUCAGAGGGCUCUUCAGCCUCAUCAGCAAGGGCUGUGACUUGAAAUGUGAUACAAACCAAGAGGACCUUGGUUCAGGCCUCAGAAAUGUCUCCUGCUGCAACACCGACCUCUGCAAUGUCAAUGCAGCAGGCAUCAUGAGGUCCAGCUAUGGGAUAGCAGGAGGGACUACAGCCACUGUGCUCUGGACCUUCCUGAGCAAUGGACUGUGAGGAGCAAAAAGAGGACUCCCAUGAUCCCAGAAGGUCUUAGAGUGUCCUUCUUAUGAUAGGAAUUGUAACCGGGAGCAAUGUGGUGUGCUGAGCACGCAGUAUUCUUGGAGCUGAUGGCAGAUCUUUGCUGUAUGAUAGCUUCUUCGUUACUGUUGUUGUAUUGUUGUAGUGCUACUAGAUUAAAAAAAAAAAGAAAAAAAAAGUAUGCAUGCUAUCUGUAUAACACCUAAAAUAUACUUAUGUCUGAAUCAA